CCAAAUUUCGAAGUGGUUGGUGAAGCGAAAUUUAUCUUUACCGAUGCUGACCAAAUUCUAACUCGCCAACCUCCUCCUACUUCAACCUAACCCCCCAUUUCACAACUACAAACAAUUCUCCAUCCCUCAAUCCUCAUUUCUCAGUUUCUGCAAAAGGGAAUUCAAUCCCAUCAAUUACACUAAUCAAUUGCAUAUCUCAAUUUGCUGAAAAACUCCAGCUCAUAAUUAAUGGCUCACGUCGCGAAUAUGGCGCACAAUCUCGCCUCGCCCAAAUUCACAACCCCUAAUGCUAAAUCCCCGGCUUCGACUUCGUCCUCCUUGUUUUUCGCCCCCAAGAGUUUGAACAAUUCGUCGAAAAGAUCGUGGGGCUUGGGUAAAAGUUCGAUCUUGACGGUUAAAAAGACGAAUCAAUUGAGAGUUGUGGCCUCGGUCGCGACGACGGAGAAGCCGUCAACGGUGCCGGAGAUCGUGCUCCAACCCAUUAGAGAAAUCUCGGGCACUGUUAAGUUGCCGGGCUCUAAAUCACUCUCCAACCGAAUUUUACUUCUUGCUGCUCUGUCUGAGGGAACGACUGUUGUGGACAACUUGCUAAGCAGUGAUGAUAUUCACUAUAUGCUUGGUGCCUUGAGGACUCUUGGGUUAGAUGUCGAAGAAGACAAAGCUAAUCAACGUGCAAUUGUGGGAGGCUCUGGCGGCCUAUUUCCAGCUUCUAAAGAAGCCAAGGAAGAAAUUCAACUUUUCUUAGGAAAUGCAGGAACAGCGAUGCGUCCAUUGACUGCUGCAGUUGUUGCUGCUGGUGGGAACGCAAGCUAUGUGCUGGAUGGAGUCCCUCGCAUGAGAGAGAGACCUAUUGGUGAUUUAGUCACUGGGCUUAAGCAGCUCGGUGCUGAAGUUGAUUGUUUCCUGGGCACUGAUUGUCCCCCUGUUUGUGUCGUUGGGAAAGGAGGUCUUCCUGGAGGGAAGGUGAAGCUAUCUGGAUCCAUAAGCAGUCAAUACCUGACUGCUCUGCUCAUGGCUGCACCCCUGGCUUUAGGAGACGUUGAGAUUGAAAUAAUUGACAAACUCAUUUCCGUGCCUUAUGUGGAGAUGACACUUAAAUUGAUGGAACGCUUUGGCGUCUCAGUAGAGCACAGUGACAGCUGGGACCGGUUCUUUGUCCGAGGAGGUCAAAAGUAUAAGUCUCCUGGGAAAGCCUAUGUGGAAGGUGAUGCCUCAAGCGCCAGUUACUUCUUGGCCGGUGCAGCUGUUACUGGUGGAACUGUUACUGUUGAAGGGUGUGGAACGAGCAGUUUGCAGGGUGAUGUUAAAUUUGCCGAGGUUCUUGAAAAAAUGGGUGCUGAGGUAACCUGGACUGAGAACAAUGUGACUGUUAAGGGACCUCCUCGUGAUGCAUUUGGAAGGAAACAUUUGCGACCCGUUGACAUAAACAUGAACAAAAUGCCCGAUGUGGCCAUGACUCUCGCUGUGGUGGCACUUUUUGCAGAUGGGCCCACUGCUAUAAGAGAUGUGGCUAGCUGGAGGGUUAAAGAAACCGAAAGAAUGAUUGCCAUUUGCACAGAGCUUAGGAAGUUGGGAGCAACGGUUGAGGAAGGGCCGGAUUACUGCGUGAUCACCCCACCGGAGAAACUGAAUGUGACGGAGAUUGACACGUACGACGACCAUAGGAUGGCGAUGGCCUUCUCUCUGGCUGCAUGUGCCGAGGUUCCAGUGACCAUCAAGGACCCCGGGUGCACCCGUAAGACCUUCCCCAACUAUUUCGACGUGCUUGCUACGUUUUCGAAGCACUGAAAGAACUAUUGCCAUCACUGAUGAAGAAACGAAAGUGAAAGAUCACCAAAUUUUGGAAUGCAGUGAGAUGUUGAAAUUGCUUGUAACAGUAAAAUAAGACAUGUUUAAUAUUGGGAAUUAUUUUGGUUGUAGACAUAGAUUGAAUGUAUUGUUGUGACCAUUUCUUGAGUAAUAAAUUAAUGUUUUGAAUAUUA